AUGGAUUUAAUAAUAUUUUUAGGUAAAAGCAUUUCCAUUAAUUAGUAUUUAAGUCAUGAAUUAGAGGAGUAUGAAAGGUAUGGAAAAAAAUUCCUUAGAUUAAAACAGGAAAAGGAUUUUACUCAUGAUCAGUUUGCAAAGGUAGGUCAUUCAGUUGUUGUUUCAGAAACAACAUUUAUAUAGAGGUAUAAAGUGGAUGAUAUGGAUUAAUUAAUGUUAUGUGAUUGCCCUGGAUUUGCUGACACCAGAGGAGAUAUUUAUGAUUUGACUACUCUAAGUUAAAAAUUAAACUGA